GAGAGAGAGCGUGAUAGAGAGAAAAAGGGAGACAGGGAGAGGGAGAGAAACGGAGAGAGAGAGGUGUACUCACUAAAUAGGAGUGAGAGAGAGGUGUACUCAGUGAAUAGAGAGAGAGAGUGAGAGAGAGAGAAAGACAGAGAGGUGUACUCAGUGAAAAGAGAGAGAGGGAGAGAGAGAGAGAGAGAGAGGGGUGUACUCACUGAAUAGGGGUGAGGGAGAGGUGUACUCAGUGAACAGAGAGAGAGAGUAAGAGAGAGAGAGAGAGAGAGAGAGAGAGAGAGAGGUGUACUUAGUUAAAGGGGGAGAGAGAGAGCGAGAGAAAGAGAGAGAGAGAGAGAGAGAGAGGUGUACUCAGUGAACGGGGGACUCGCUGUCAGAAUCGGAGUGUCCGUUGGAAAGUUUGAGCUGCGCGCGGAGAUUUACUCUCAGCGGUUUCCGAGGCUUUAAGGACACACGGAGAUAUAUCAAGUUUCUGAGGAACACACCCCACUGUCAUCUGAGCUGCCAUAAGUGUGACCUCAACAACAAUAUCUGCUGUGUGUGUGGAGAAAUGCUCAAAUGCUUCAAAGAUUGGGAUCUGACUGAAGUCUGAGGUGAUUUUGCCCUCACCAACCUGCCCACUCAUUUCUCAAAGCGUCUCCACAGCCCACAGGCAUCCCAUCACAAACAAUGGCUCAGAGCCGCAGGGACAGCCCCUGCUGAAAGAGCAACGUUAAUAUCACGAGACUGUAAUUUACUGCUGCUUUUUCCAGGAGCUCCCGGUGUUGGAUUAAUCCUGUUUCCAUAAUUUAAUAUCUCAAUGGAACCUUCUUGACAAUCAAAUAGCAUAUGUUAGCCAUAAGGAGAGACCGCAAUGGACUACAAAUAUGGCCUCCUUACUGGCACUGUGGAUGAAAUGGGGGACUACAAAAGACGGCCUGUGCUGCUGAGCUUGGGAGAUGGAUGGUCUGCCUUUUUGACCCCAGUGGAUGAGAGCAGGGCUCAAUGCCAGUCAUGGGGUCCCUGGGGUCUUGGAUCCGUACGCAAAGUCAAGGUCUUCAGCUUCGUGUUUGGUCUUCUAGCCACGUUCCUCAUCAUGGCUUCCUAUAUCCUGACAAGAGACCAGAACGGACUAUUACUUACACCGUCCCCGUCCCAGUUCAGGGUAACGUCUCAGCCCAUAAACCUGUCCUCAGGAAAAGACAAUGCUGGAGUAAAGGAGGUGGUCAGGAAUAUUGUAGCCAAAGUGGAGUUCCAGCAAAGAAAAGUGCCUGGCCUAAUGGAGCUGAGGGAGAGAGAACCUCAUAUUUUCUCCGUAAUCCCUCGUAAAUUUCUUCCCUACCUCAAAAACCCCUGCUGGUAUGAGGAACACACUGGGAACAGCACAGUAGACCCAUACAGGAGGAACUCGUAUGCCCUUUACUCCAAACGCUUCCAGGCAGUGUAUGAUCACCUGCGCAGUGCUUUUCAGGAGCACCUCCACCAUCACGCGGGAAGAAGCUACCGCCUCCGCUGUCUGCCCUAUUUCUACAUCAUCGGUCAGCCCAAGUGUGGCACCACAGAUCUCUACGAUCGCCUUCGGCUGCACCCGCAGGUCCAGUUCACCACCAUGAAGGAGCCGCACUGGUGGACACGAAAGAGGUUUGGUAUCAUCAGGCUAAGUGAAGGUUUCCGUAACCCAUAUCCCCUGAAAGACUACCUGGACCUAUUCGAUCUGGCUGCUUAUGAGAUACAAGACCUACUGGGCAACUUUUCCAGAGAAAACACCCAGCUGGACCUUAUAAUUGGAGAGGCCAGUGCAUCCACUAUGUGGGACAACAACGCGUGGGUUUACUUCUAUGACAAUGGAACAGGAAUGGAGCCUCCUUUUUUGGUGCAGGACUUUAUCCAUGCAGUCCAACCACAAGCCAAGUUCAUAGUGAUGCUGCGAGAUCCUGUAGAAAGGCUAUAUUCAGACUAUCUGUACUUCGGCUUGGCAAAUAAGACAGUGGAGGACUUUCAUGAGCGUGUAUCAGAGUCCUUGCAGCUUUUUGAAGUCUGCCUGGCUGAGAGGUCCAUGCGUUCCUGUGUUUACAACACCACCCUCAACAACGCCAUGCCUGUGAGGCUGCAGGUGGGGCUGUACGUGGUCUAUCUGCUCGACUGGCUCAGUGUGUUUAGCCGAGAGCAGAUCCUGGUCCUGCGACUGGAGGAUCAUGCCACGAAUAGGAAACGCACCAUGCACAGAGUUUUCGACUUCCUACAUUUAGGGCCACUCACUCAGCAGAAAGAAGCAGACAUCACUAAAAGUCCAGCGUCCAACACCAGGAAACCGGCCAACCGGAAUCUGGGGCCCAUGCUGCCCAUCACCAAAGACAUUCUGCAGAGUUUCUAUAGACCGUUCAACAAAAGACUGGCACAAGUUCUUCGUGACACAGCUUUUCUGUGGACACAGUCAUAGCGGUCAACACUUUUUUUUUUUAAAGCCACUUUUUACUUUUCUAGGACUAUGUCUGGUCCAUCUGUGGACAGACUAAAUCAGGGGGAAAUGUUCUUCUGUGUGACGGUGUUGUGGCUGGUCCAGAGAUUGACACCCCAGCAGCAGGAUUAUGCAACAGGCAAAGCUUCUUGUGCACUAGUCUUUGAUAAAGUGCAUCAUGAGCGAUUAAAAUGGCGGCUCUGGCCACUGAAGUGGAAGCCCAGUUCUGAAGAACCAAAAAAAGGGAAAUGCUAAUGUUAACUAUGUCUAAGCGCAACCAUUUCCUCCACACUGAUUCUAAAAGCCAAUUUAUACUUCUUUUCGUCAAACCUACGCCAUAGCCUAUACUGUAGAAUAAUGAGGACCUUCCCAGAUAACCUUGAAUGUUAUAAGAAUGUUUAGCAAUGUUUUAAGAAAGCAGUUAAGGAAGCAGCCUGUAAUGUUACAGAAAUAAUUAUUAGGAACAUAAUAAUGGUUUGCAUCACAACGUUACUAGAAUGUUUCUCACACAGCGUUCCCAGCUAGGCGAACACUAGCAUUGAAAUGGAACCAUUAAAAGUAACAUUCCCAAAACUAAAAAUUUAAACCUCGCAACAACCUUACUAGAAUGUAUAAAAAUAAUAAAUAAAAGUUCCAAGAGCAUCCAGAAAACUUGACAGAUUAAACAUUCUAAGAACCUUAACUGUAUCGUUCAGAAAACAUUCUACUUGUCACGGAUGUGUAGGAUAUAUGUAAGAUAUAUGCAGAUUUGAGAUUUUUUUUAAACAAACAGGAUAUACAAAAGCAAAACUGAAAGCAAACACGGGUAGCACAAAAACUAAGAAACAAGACUGGGAUACUAAAUUAACUAAAUGAACUAAGACUAGACUAAGCUAAGAAAACUAAGCUAAGAAACUAUAUAUAAGGAACAACACUGAGAUCUAAGACUAAACUCACACUAAGCACCCAAAACAACAGACCUGGAUGCAGGAAACACAGAGAUUCAGUGGUACACAAAAAAUACUUGACAAGGAAACACUCACUACAGCAUAUACA